CCUAAAUGCGAGUGAGCCCUAAUACUUUGCUGGAGACACCCCCAAUAACAUUUACGGGUUAUCCAUACGACACCACAACAAUUUCCACAAACCCACCAGAAUGAAGCUGACUACCCUGGCUAUAACUGUUCUUCUUGGCACCUCCACUGCCACCGCCUGGGAACUUCGCGCCAACGGCCAAAAAUGGACGGGCACCAAACCGCAAGGCUGCACCACUGUCAACAUUCCCAAAGGUGCAAGGAUCAGCUGGUCAGGAUCAUCUGGAGCUCGGACACUGCAGGUGUACAAUGCCAAAGGAAGCUGCUCUCAGGUGUAUCGGACCGUGCAGGGAGUAGGAGAUAUCAACGCCUCGAACAAUAUUUACGGUUUUGUUGUGAAGGCUUGAUAUGAGGGUUGUGGAUAGAGUCCAAAGAGGAGAUAUGUGCCAGGUUCAUUUAGGAUGAAAUUCAGAAAAGCAAACUAGGAUGUAUUAUAGCUACCGACUGACAGACA